UUAACAGUUAUUCUUAUUCCCUUGCUUUAUUCUGUUUGCCCUUGAAUGUCCUGCGGGGAAGUUGUAGCUCGGACCUCGGGGAUCAUGUCGUGACGGGUGUCCAGUCUUGGCCCAUCAAAUCCCUCGAUAUGGCGGCAAACUACUGGACUUCGACCCAGCGUCGACACUGGCUUUUCUCGAGGGAAAAGUUAGCAGAGAUUCGUGAUACAUUACGCGAGAAGGACAAGGCUGCGCAUUCACAGUUUCCGCUGCCGGAUCAGCGCCUACUGAACAUCUACUUCAACCAGCAGCUCAUCAAGCUCGGCAAGCGCAUGUCCACCAGACAGCAGGCCAUUGCAACAGCACAGGUGUAUCUCAAGAGGUUCUAUACCAAAAAUGAGAUUCGACAGACAAACCCGUACCUCGUACUCACCACAGCCUUUUAUCUUGCCUGCAAAAUGGAAGAAUGUCCACAGCACAUUCGCUUUGUGGUCGGCGAGGCACGCGGUCUAUGGCCAGAAUUCAUCACCCCAGACGUUGCAAAGCUGGGAGAAUGCGAGUUCGCUCUCAUCUCAGAAAUGAGCUCGCAAAUGAUCGUGCAUCAUCCCUACCGGACAUUGUCCGAACUACAAUCCGAACUAUCACUCACUUCGGAGGAGGUCGCUCUCGGCUGGUCGGCGAUCAACGAUCACUAUCUAACAGACCUGCCCUUACUACAUCCACCCCACGUCAUUGCAAUUAUGGCAAUUAUCGUCGCCGUUGUCUUCAAACCCUCCCAUCCUGCCAACUUCACUGGGUCCACGCAAUCCGCUCUAGCGAACGCCAUGAGAGAUGGAGGAGGCAUGCAUAUGAUGGCUGCUUUGUCGGAUAAGGCUGGAUCCGGGCCUCCGCCAAAAAUUCAAAAGCUUGUCGGCUGGCUUGCUGAAAGCGAGGUUGAUAUCAAGGCUGUUAUCGAGUGUACGCAGGAGCUGGUUUCGCUGUACGAAGUGUGGGAGCAAUACAGCGAGAAGACGUGCAAAGAGCUUAUUGGGAGGAUGGUCAAAAGUAAGAACCUGGACAAAUAAUGCUUCGUUUUGCACUUUUGUAUUCCGGUUGUCUUCGUUCCGAUCUUUUUAGCCGAUAUCGGCAGUGUGGGCGGCUGGUCUAGGUAUUUCCAGGCUACACCUAAUGGAGAUAUCAACCAAGGGCCCUGGGUUCAUCUAACAGGCUACUGAUGCCGAAACUCGGUCUUACGGCAGCCCCCUCGGGCUUAGCAAUCUUCAGCAUUGAUGGUCUCAAUCCUGCCAAUGCAAUUUAAGACCAAAAAGCCGGUCUUCUAAAAAUCAGUAAAGGAGUUACUAAAGGCAGAUUCACAAAUUUAUUCAAAUUAAUGGGAUUCACCCUGGAGCCUAUGGACUAGUGUGGAGGACAUAUGAAUUGUAUAGCUUGUUCAACAAAUCUCCGAUCUGUUUACCUAGGAAAUCCUCCACAGAUGCGCGGCAAUGCUACAUCUGCGAAGCUAUCUCUCUCAUAUCCACUCUCCACGGCUUGAAAUACGGCACCCCAAGUUCUUCCAAGGAGCUGGGCAGCUAGCCAUUAAACUGUUGAAUCAACCAAUUUUGGUGUGCUGUUUCAGGAUCGCUUUGG